GAAUCAUUCUCCGGAGAAAUGAAAAAUUAUACAGUCCAUAUAUACGGUGUACGGAACAAGGAUUCUAAGGUUGUCGCUGAAUCCAAAGUUCAUCUUGAUCCUGGACAUGAUACUAAGAAUGAGUCUUCAUCGCCUUCAAAUGCAUUAAAUUUUGAAUUCAACUUAUUACACACUCAGCCGUCAAGCUACUCGCUUCAAUUCUCAGAUUCAAACAUGACACAUUUCAUCUUUUUGGAAGACCUUGAUGCGGAUGAGAUUUUUUUCCUGUUCCGAUAGUACUUAUGAAUUUCCAAUGCCACUGGAACCGAUGAAGGAUUACCAGCUACGCGUUUAUAGAGGAAAUGAUUUACCUGACGGAAAAAAUAUUUUUUCUUCCAUUGGAAGAUCAGACUUCCGAGCUUACAUGACUAAGAGAGAGCUUAGAUUGCUCUUCGACAGAGGGGCCACAUUCCGGGAAGCGUUCUUUGUACCCAUUUCUCAUCUCUAUAGAAACAAACCAAAACUUUACUAUGACAACAUAUUUCAUAAGAAAAAUGGCAUUAUUGUCUGAAGUACAUCGGAUCGUAUUACAAAGUGGACAAGAGGAAAAGAAAACCCUGGAUAUAAAAAACAGCGAUGGGAAAACAAUGAGAGACUGGGACACCACAAUUCUACUAAUCUCAGACAGGUCAACUGAAAAUAUUUUGUCAAUUUUGGCAGGGACAAAAGAAAAUCACAAUUUACUGGUGGAAGUCCCAGAAUCAUUCUCCGGAGAAAUGAAAAAUUAUACAGUCCAUAUAUACGGUGUACGGAACAAGGAUUCUAAGGUUGUCGCUGAAUCCAAAGUUCAUCUUGAUCCUGGACAUGAUACUAAGCAUGAGUCUACAUCGCCUUCAAAUGCAUUAAAUUUUGAAUUCAACUUAUUACACACUCCGCCGUCAAGCUACUCGCUUCAAUUCUCAGAUUCAAACAUGACACAUUUCAUCUUUUUGGAAGACCUUGAUGCGGAUGAGAAUUUUUUCUUUUCCUGUUCCGAUAGUACUUAUGAAUUUCCAAUGCCACUGGAACCGAUGAAGGAUUACCAGCUACGCGUUUAUAGAGGAAAUGAUUUACCUGACGGAAAAUAUAUUUUUUCUUCCAUUGGAAGAUUAGACUUCCGAGCUUAUAUGACUAAGAGAGAGCUAAGAUUGCUCUGCGACAGAGGGGCCACAUUCCGGGAAGCGUUCUUUGUACCCAUUUCUCAUCUCUAUAGAAACAAACCAAGGCUUUACUAUGACAACAUAUUUCAAAGGAAAAAUGGCAUUAUGGGUAAAUACAUGAAGAAUGAUGGCGGAGACCAGGCUUCCGUUCUAAACCGAGCAAUACAGGGUCUAUUUUUCAGUGCCUACCUACAAUGUCAACCCAGUGGAUUCUUCCUUCCACCUUUGACUUCACCCUUUGGAGAUACAAGACUUAAUAUUCCUUUCGCUUUCUUCUUUAAUCCCUGUAAUAGAUUGUAUUUUGCUGAUUUUUUCUGCCAUGAUAUCAAUCAUCAUGUAACUCUUGUUGUAACAGUACAAGAUAGUCAGGCUGAUAAUUUUUGUAGAGAAAGAUUGAUUUUAUUAGAUCCCACUAAUAAUCCAUUUCUGUAUUUUGAUGUCUCUUCACAAAAAUGUUUUGUAAACAUGGCAGUUAACACUGAAAUAUUAUAUACAGAGAAUAUUAAUGUAGGAAGAUUAUUAAGAGAAAGACAAGCAUUCUUGACAAGUUGUCAGGCAAUCGGUGCUUCUAGAAGCAAGUCAUUUUUAGGUAGACCUAAAAAUGAAAGUUGUGGAAUAUGCAAUUUAAGAGUUAACUAAAAUGAUAUUUUGUGAUGUAAUUUAAUUUCAUUCAAUGUAUAUUUCACUGGGCGCACUUGUUUCAUACGCCGGGUCAAGCCGGUUAAUAUUCCGGAAGCGGGCAAGUCACUUGUUUCAAAUAUUUUUAAGCCGCCGGGCGGUCAGAAAGUAGCCUGGACCGCCCGAAAAAUUUCGAGCGGCCAAAUGAAAAGCAUUAUGAAUGAAAACAGAGGUAGAAAUGUUGAUGGUGAAAUUUUCGUUUUUUAUCAUUUGCCGUAGUCUCAGUGUCAAUAAACAUACAGUGCUGAGAUACUAAGUGACUUUUACAACAUAUUUUUUUAUAUUUGCACGACCAACAUUUUUUCUUUUUAAAUUUUAAAGCUGCUUUUCAGUUUUGUGUGUAACGAGGCCCUAUAUGCUCCAAAUUCACAGAUUGUACAUUGAAUGGGUCUAGUAAAUAUUAAAAAGAAAUAUAUCCACUAAAUCAUUGUCCUCGUGCGUUCAGAGAAAUUUUUUAAAACAACAGCACCAAUGCCAGCAACUUCCGGGUUAUUUUUCGCUCGUUUCAGCGACACUUACAUGUACCGGGUUAAUAUGUCAUGUGAUAAAAGUGAACCGGGUCAUCGCCCGGCUAUCUGAAACAAGUUCGCCCACUAGUCAGUUGAAUAUUUUUUUAAACACAUGAAUUACCGGUACUCCUUUAUUUUUUGAAUUAUUUCAGCAACAAAUAAAUAUUUUUUGACAUGCAUAUAA